AUGUCCAACCCCUGGGCGCAGCCUCCCCACCCCGCGACCAACCUCGGCCGCCACCGCCCCCUCGCCCCUUCGUGCGGCCUCCACGUCUCGCCCCUCCAGCUCGGUGCGAUGAGCAUCGGCGACAAGUGGGCUGACUUCGGGAUGGGCGCGAUGGACAAGGAGUCUUCGUUCAAGCUCCUCGAUGCGUUCUACGCGGCAGGCGGGAACUUCAUCGACACGGCAUCGAACUACCAGGACGAGACGUCUGAGCAGUUCAUCGGAGAGUGGAUGGAGACGCGCGGGAUCCGCACGCAGAUGGUUAUCGCUACCAAGUACUCGACGAACGCCAAGCGCGGGCGGACGGACAUUAAGCAGCACACGGCUUGGGCUGGCAACAGCUUCAAGACGAUGCGCGUCACCGUCGAUGAGGCUCUCGAGAAGCUACGCACGUCGUACAUCGACCUCCUCUACGUCCACUGGUGGGACUACACGACCCCGAUCGAAGAGGUCAUGGACGGCCUCCACCAGCUGGUCAUGUCCGGCAAGGUCCUCUACCUUGGGAUCUCCGACACCCCCGCGUGGAUCGUCAGCUCUGCGAACCGGUACGCGCGCAUGGCGCACAAGACGCCCUUCGUCGUCUACGAGGGCGAGUGGAACGUGUUCGAGCGCACGUUCGAGCGGGACAUCAUCCCAAUGGCGCGGCACGAGGGCAUGGCGCUCGCGCCGUGGAACGUCCUCGCCGGCGGCAAGGUCCGCACGGACGCGGAGGAGCAGGCGCGCAUCGACAGCGGCGAGGGCGGGCGCGCGAUGCUCGGCGGGUGGCUGCGGAGCGACGGGGAGAGGGCGGUGUGCGCGGUGCUCGAGGCGGUCGCGAAGGAGGUCGGCACGGACUCGGUCCAGGCGGUGGCGAUCGCGUACGUGAUGCAGAAGACGCCGUACGUGUUCCCCAUCAUCGGCGGGCGCAAGGUCGAGCACCUCCUGGGGAACGUUAAGGCGCUCGACAUCGCGCUCACGGACGAGCACAUCCGGCGCAUCGAGGCGGCUUCGCCCUUUGACAAGGGCUCGCUGUACAACGUCUUCGGCGACGGCUCGGAUUAUGGCUUCUUCCACAAGUACGCCGGCCACUUCGACCGCUGGCCGCCUGCCCAGGCCAUCCGCCCGAAGACUCAGUAG